UUGUACUCACAUCCGGGGCUGGGUUUUCCUUUAAUGCGAAACGUAAUUAACCCGGAAAAAAGAGCCGAGAGACAAGAGAGAAGGAGGGUGUGGGGGUUGGGGGGGGAGAAGAGCGAGAGGAGCGAGAGGCCCCUAGAGUUUCGUGGCGACAAAAAUCCCCGAGAGCGACAGCCCGCCGGGCCGGAGAGGCGCCUCCCAGCCCGAUGUAACCCACGCACCCGGCCCGAGCCCCGGCCCUGCGCGGCGGGGGUGAUGUGAGCAGAGCUCAGGAAUGCCUUAUGUGGAUCGGCAGAACCGAAUCUGUGGGUUUCUGGACAUCGAGGAGAAUGAGAACAGCGGCAAGUUUCUGCGGAGGUACUUUAUUCUGGACACGCAGGCCAACUGCCUUCUCUGGUACAUGGACAAUCCCCAGAACCUGGCCAUUGGUGCUGGAGCUGUGGGAUCUUUGCAGCUGACCUACAUCUCGAAGGUGAGCAUAGCCACCCCAAAGCAGAAACCCAAAACUCCAUUUUGCUUUGUCAUCAACGCCCUCUCUCAGAGGUAUUUUCUUCAAGCCAAUGACCAGAAGGAUCUGAAGGACUGGGUCGAAGCUCUGAACCACGCCAGCAAAAUCACUGUACCCAAAGGUGGGAACCUGCCACUGACAACCGAAGUUCUCAAAAGCCUAACAGCUCCUCCGGCCGUAGAGAAGAAGCCACAGGUUGCCUACAAGACGGAGAUCAUUGGAGGGGUGGUGGUCCACACACCCAUUAACCAGAAUGGCGGGGAUGGGCAGGAAGCCAGUGAGCCAGGCUCACAUGCCAUCCUUCGAAGAUCUCAGAGUUACAUCCCCACAACAGGCUGCCGAGUUCCCACUGGGCCCCCCCUCAUUAAGAGUGGCUACUGUGUGAAGCAAGGGAAUGUGCGAAAGAGCUGGAAACGGCGCUUCUUUGCCCUGGAUGACUUUACCCUUUGCUACUUCAAGUGUGAGCAGGACCGAGAACCACUGCGGACCAUUUUCCUCAAGGAUGUUCUCAAGACCCACGAGUGUCUGGUCAAGUCUGGUGAUCUCCUGAUGAGGGACAACCUGUUCGAAAUAAUAACAAGCUCUAGGACCUUCUACGUGCAGGCGGACAGCCCGGAGGACAUGCACAGCUGGAUUAAGGAGAUCGGGGCAGCUGUCCAGGCUCUCAAAUGCCACCCCAGAGAAAUGUCCUUUUCUAGGUCCAUUUCUUUGACCCGCCCUGGAAGCUCCAGCCUCUCAGGGGGGCCCAACUCUGUCUUAUGCAGAGGGCGGCUGCCCGGGGAGGAGAGGAAGGCCCUCUGCAAAGCCCCUUCCGUGGCCUCCUCCUGGCAGCCCUGGACACGUCCCCAGGCUGGGGAAAAGCCACCUCCCACUGAAGAGAUGCCUGAGGACUCUUUGUUCGCACCUCGGCUUGGGGAGACCAGUACUUCUGGGGCACUAGCCAGCUCCCGGAUCCGGCACCGAUCAGAGCCCCAGCACCCCAAGGAGAAGCCAUUUGUGUUCAACCUUGAUGAUGAGAACAUUCGGACCUCUGAUGUGUGAUGAGGCAUGGUGCCCUGGCAAGGGUUGGGGGGGACUCAGACACGGGGCCGGGACUCAGUUUCUCACCUGUUGGAGGACAGCCAGGGGCCUUCCCAACAUGCAUUUCCCCAUGGAGCUCUGUGUGAGAGGCCGGUCCAGCUGGCUUAACUAUAUAUAUAUAUAUCUAUAUAUAUCUCAGUGCAGUGUAUUUAAUUUGGGAAAGCCACUAGGUUAGAGAGCAGGUUGCCUCUUAUUUGACUUCUUCAAGAUCUUCCUGGUGAGAGGAGGUGGAAGUCCAAUUUCAUCCCCAACCAAGUUUUGUGUCCUUGUCCUUGUCUUCGUUGCUUCCCUUUGUUUUCCAGCUGGGGCACAGAAUCUGGAGGCCGCUCACCUGGUUUUAUCCUAUCCCUGUUUAUUGGCUGAAGCUUGACUGUGAACUUGGAGGGUGGUGACUAACUGAGAAGGCGGGUGGCUGGGAGGUGGUGGGAGACCCAGGCUCCAGCUUGACCAGGAUACAUUUAGAGGAGAGGUAUUAAAAUCUGGGGUUUCACAGGUGGCCCUGAAUGUCCUUGACCAGGGCAGAUCCUUCCAGGGGAGAUAUGUAGGGACCUCUUAUAAAGUAUGGGGCAUGAUUUCACACCAGAGCUCAACCAAUUUGGGGAAUUACUCCGUUUCCUUGGAGAUAUUCUUGGACCUCAAAUACUGUCGCUAUGGAUGACAGGUCUGCCCACCUGGUUUCAGAGGCAGGCCCCAAGGGUGGACUUACCAAUGUUCAAUGUUGAGGACAGAACAGAGAUUGCCCUUGACAUGGCCAUUUACUUGGAAAGCUUAGCGGGUGGAUAAGGGUGUGAUCAUUCACUCGUGUGAUAGACCAGAUCUCUAUUUUAGAGUCUGGGAGUUGCUUUAAAGCAGGAAAAGAUGGAUUUUCAUCCAUCCAGCUAAGAUUGCUUUGAUCCGUGUUUUCCAGACAGAAGGAAAGGUCUGUUUAGCCACAAUAGAUGAUCUUGAAUCCUGGCCUCACAGCUCUUCUUGCACAGGCCAACUGUAGUCUCAUUUGAAGUGCCGUAAAUUGUCUCCCCUGGCAGAUCUGCCUUUUUUCUGUCCUUGUGUUGCCCUCUGAAUGAUGCUUCGUGUAUUUGCAUGACCAGACCUUGUCCUCUGAAGAGGUUCUCUGUACUUAACCGUGAAGAGAGAACAAAGAUCGUCUUGAGAGGUAUUUAUAUUUUUUAGAAACUAUGCCUAGAAACAUUGAUUUAGAGACUGUGCAUGGCAGGCUAGAGAUUUCCCAGGUAAAAGAGCAUAGGUGGUAUUUCCUGCACCAAUUUUAGGAUGUACUCUCUUCCAUUUGACAAGAAAUACUAUUUCCAGGGUCCCUGGGGGAAUCAGUCUAUCUAGCUACCAGAAUCUCCUAAAGGAAGGGAGCUUAACUCAUGUCCAUCUGUACCUUCUUAUCAGCUCAAUCAAUUAAUUUUGUCUUUAAAUUAAAAAGUAAUGCCUCGGAGUUCCCUGUUGGCUCAGUGGGUUAAGGGUCUGACAUCACUGUUGUGGCUCUGGUUACUGUUGUGGCAUGGGAUUUAAUCCUGGGACAGGAACUUCUGUAUGCUGCAGGGAUGACCCCCCCCCAAAAAAAAAUUAAUGCCAAGAGGAAGAGACUAAAAGAAGCAUUUUUACCUAAGUUAAUCCUUCCCUGUCCUCAUGCCCAAAUUUAACGCAGGGGCCAAAGCAUAUGAUCAGAAAAUCUUUAGUGACUUGAAGGAGAUCUAUUUCUUUCAGGCAGUGUCAUUUCCUUGAAGUCUGUGUCAGGUUGAAAACUUUUCUUGACUGCACUGCUUUGGAGACAAGCUUCACUUAAAUUGUGUUUGGCCUAGUGGUUCUGUAUACACACUGAUAUGAAAAAGGAAAUCUAGGAGUUCCUGUUGUGGCUCAGUGGGUUAAGAACCCGACAGUGUCCCUGAGGAUAUGAGUUUGAUCCCUGGCCUCGCUCAGUGGGUUAAGGAUCCAGGUUGCAGACUCGGCUGGGAUCUGGUGUUGCUGUGGCUGAGGCGUAGGCUGGCAGCUGCAGCUCUGAUUUGACCCCCAGCCUGGGAACUUCCAUAUGAUGUAGGUGCAGCUGUAAAAAAAAUAAUAAUAAUAAAGAAUAUCUACCCUGGAUUGAGCUAUCUCUUUUUCUCUUUUCUGUGACCUCUUGUAUACUUUUGUCCUCAGAAAUCCUUGGUUUGGGGAUUAUUUAUUUAUGAGUCAUCAUGGUGACAGCAUACUUCAAGUAGACUGAUUUUUAAGAAGCCAUUCCUGAUUCUUAAAGCUGGUUUCUCUGGUUUCAUCUUCAAAUUUUUCUCAAGAACAUUCUUUAGCAGGGUCAAAGAAAGUGCACCAUCAGCAAUGUGGAACUUACAAAAAUAGAUUAGAACUUGUGAAAUCUCUAUAAACAUUCCCUAACUCAUGGAAUGAUGUCAUCUCUUGGUGGUAUGAAAAUCUACCCAUUUCUCUCUCUUUUAAAUAAACUCUCUGCUAAUUAAUUGCCAUUAUAGUAAGAUGAUCUGUUUCUUAUUCAGUAAGGCCUAUUUUGAGAAUGUAGUAAAUUAAAUGUACUUAUAAAUCCAAAUUGUAUUAGAUCAAAGGAAAACAAGGACUCCAGUUGGCAAAUACUUGGAAAUUUCAAGUUAAUACAUUGUUUAUGUUAUUCCAACACCAGAUAAAUAUAAUUCCUUUUGCUGAAGCCUAAAGGCAUUCUUAUUCCCAAAUCUUAUUUCGGAAUUCCUUUUGUGUCCAUAUUUCUUACCUUCUGGUUAAUUUCACCUUACCACUUUUUAAUGUCACUACACAUGUGAGUCAAAGAUGGUGCAUGCAGAACCAAGGCAUUUGGUUUUAAAUGUGUAAAAUGGAACCAAAUGGAAAAAAACAGGACGGAGAUGCAGUAUCUGCUAGUAGUUAAGUGCCUGGGCUCUGGAAUAAAUAUGUUUUAAAAAGCGGGGGGAAGGAGGAAUCAAAAAAAGGUACUGCUUUUUUUAUGUAUGGAAUAAAAAUAUUCUCUAAAUUGGGCUGGGUUUUUUUUUUUUAGGAGUAGACUUUUAAAGGCAACUGUGGCUGUGGUCAUUUUAUUUUACUAUUUUUUUGGCCACACCUACAGCAUUCAGAAGUUCCCUGACCAGGGACCAGACUGGAGCCACAGCAGUGACAACAAUGCCAAAUCUUUAACUGUUAGUCCACGAGGCAACUGUGAGUUUUGCUAUUUUCAUAAGACUUUUAAUUCAGUCUUGACCCACUGUGUGUAGUAGAAUUUCAGGUGUCUCCCCAUAGCUGAACUGUAUUGUCCACUGUUCUUGAAAGUUAAGAAUUUGCUUGCUCAAGAUCAGCUGAUGGCUGGUGAACACAGUUUGGCCUUUGGCAUUUUGUGAGAUGACUUAAUUGUACUAUGGUGUUUGAGGAAUAGAGACCUCAGGUGAAAAUACUUCUGUUUCUGUUUUGAAUGGUGAGCUCCCAUGAGAAAGAGUCCAACAUUUUUUUCUCCCAAUGUCACUUUUUUCCCCCUUAUUCUCUUUUUUCUCUGUCUCUGUCAUUGCCUGCGGUAGUGAAUUUCAGUCACUCAUGCUGAGUAGAGUUUGAAUAAAGUGAAUAUUUGGCCCCAAAACAUACUGUUGGACGCCCCCACCCACCCCGCCUUGCUUGUAAGGUGUGGCAUGAUUUUGUGUUUUGAACCAGUAUGUUUCAGCUGUGAAAUGCACUCACUGUAGACACUGAGCUGAGUGCAUGGAAACUGUUAUGCUUUUCAUUUUAUGUGAUCUCCUAAUUGGUAUGUAGCAAAAAAUAAUUUUCUAAAACUGUUUUGUUGCUUGUUUUGUAAUAAAACCAUGUGAAAUACUGCAA